CGCCCUCCAUUUAUCGGUGUGGGGGUAUGUGGGGCACCACAACGACGCUCGUGUAAGUAAGAAGCGAAAAGGCUGCGCCAGGGCUGCAGAUCCGGUGUUGAAGGGAGCACCGGUAGAGCACACUGACACAGGCGCAGACACAAAAUCGAACAGCAAAAGGCACGAAGUGCGCCCAGAGAGACUCCAGAAAUGCAGCAGCGGCGACGCCUCCUGCACGCUCAACAAGCAGACGGAGAUAACAACAGAAACACCAGCAGCUUCGGCGUUCGUUCGUUUCUUGUCCCAGUGAUCUCAGGAGGAUGUGCGGCCACUGUGAGUAGAACAGUAGUGAAUCCGCUGGAACGGUUGAAAAUCAUUUACCAAGUACAACGCCAGCGAGAGUUUAAAGGUAUAAUAAGCUCAUUUGCAAAGAUAUGGCGGCAGGAGGGAGUCGCGGGGUUUUUUCGAGGAAAUGGAGCCAAUGCCCUGAGGGCGUUUCCAUAUGGAGCCGUUCAAUUCGCAACAUUCCAUACUUUGAAGCAACAUAGGCUUUCCCAGAAACGAGCUUUGGCACACGACAAUCUAGAUCAAUACACCGUAGCUCCUAUUGGUCUUUCCAACACUGAACGUCUCGUUUUCGGAGCGGUGUCGGGGGCCACAAGUGUUAGCUGCACAUAUCCUUUAGAUAUUGCGAGAACAAGACUCUCUAUCCAAACGGCAAACCUGAGUCCAGUCGGAGCUCCCGCGACGACGACGAUAGCUGCUGCGAAACAACGCUUGCCGGGUCUCGCAGGAACUGUUCGGUCCAUCUAUACAAACGAGGGUGGCUUCCGUGGUUUGUACCGUGGAUUGAGUGCGACGCUGCUGAAUAUCGUUCCAUACACAGCACUAAACUUUUGUGCCUAUGAAUGGGCUCGGUCUAGAUGGUGUCCUCGCCAUGCUGAACCUUCGAGUACACAGAAAUUGCUUUUUGGAGGCUUGAGUGGCUUUUUCGCGCAGACUAUUGUUUUUCCUUUAGAAGUGCUUCGGCGAAGAUUUCAAGUCAACUGGAUGCAAGGCAUUGGACAUCAUUACCCGAGCAUCCGUGCUGCCAUUACAACCAUAUACCGGGAAGAAGGCAUCCUUGCAUUUUUCAAAGGUUACGCCAGCAACAUGUGUAAAAUCAUACCGCUCAUGAGUGUUACUUGGUUUGUGUACGACACCAUCAGCAACCUUGGAAUCUCCACUGAAAGCAAAUGAGAAUGGAGAGCGGCGCCAACGCCGUGCAGCACAUGCCUCUUUUUAAUCGUUUUAGUCUCUUCGUGUUUAUUUUUUGGGGCAACGAAAGCCGAACAUGCAUUACAUAGACCUGCCACGAAUACCCUUAAUUUCUUCAUCAUCGUAGUAAUCAUCCUACGGUCUUGACAUUGUAUCAUAGAACUAUCAGACAUCAUCAAAGAAGGAGUUUGAAGGGGUAGUAACCGUUCUUCUCGCGGAAAAUGUAAGCCAGGUAGCUGUACAAGAAUACUUGGAUGGUAAGCCAAGCAAUGACGAAAAUAGUUUGGCUCUUGGCUCCACGAAUACAAGGAGCCGAAUAGGCAAGAGAGAUUACACUCAGGGACAGAACAAAAUACAACAGGGAAACCACUUGCGUCUCUGCACCGAAUUGGUUCAUUUGACCGCCAGCCAUCCAACUGACGCUACCGUCUUGGUUGUGCUGGACAUACUGUGUUCCACGGAUGCGGUUGAACAUAUGGCCCGAACUGAAGGUGAUAACAGAAACGAUGCUGAUGGCAGCCCAAAGCUUUCUAGAGUGCACCAAACGGAGCAGCGCCUUGCGAUAAUAGGUAACGAAAGCAACAACUAUCAACAGAGAAACGAGAGACAUAACGUCCUUGCUGUAAUCGUGAGGACGGUAAAUGGGAAUCAACUUGCCCACCAAACUGGCAAUGCUUUCCGAAAGGUACUCAGCCGAGAGACUGUACAAACUUGUCAGUAAAACGAACACGAGCCGACAAACAAAUGGACUUACUCUCCCAUCAACUUGAGCUCAUGAGGAGCAUUGGUGUGAGGCUCGAACACCCAGAAGUUAGGAAUCGAUCUGAUGUUGUACUAGUGAUUAUUAAGUUAGUAAAGGCGUCGCAGAAAGUACAUCUUUCCAAAAAAUGAUGUGCGAAAUUCUUUCGUGUACAUACUCCACGGAACGUGUUCUUGUUAUCUUGGAAAUCUGCAUGAACGAAAACGAGCUCCUUGUCAUUGGGAAACGCUUUACGAUGAGACUUGGCCAAAACGCGAAAUUCAGGAUCCACUUUUCUAAACAUUCGAGCGCGUUAGACACGUCAAAAUUGAACAUUAGGCUUGUACGUACGUGCAGGUUUCGCAAUCAAUUCCCUGAGUAGCCGUAAGAAGAGCAACGACUACAUAGUCCUGAGAACCCGUGAUUACUUUCGAAAAGGUUGAGUCGGUGACCUCGAUAAGGCCAGCGUUGUUGACCAUCGAGAACACAUCCGGCUUGGCAGCACAAAAUGUGAUAAAGAACGCAAGCCAAGUUAGCAAUUUCGACAAAAUCAUUUUCGUAAUGGCUGAGGGAGGAGUGAAGAGCCGGCACUACUCAGCUACUAGCUUUCCCCAAAUAAGGUUACCGAAAAGUGUCCGAGCGAGCGGAGACAAUUCGGUGAAUGGGAGAGGUAUUCGGUUUUUUUCGGUAUUAUUCGGUGAACUGAAGACCGCAAGUACCGUGUUGACUCCGAACAACUUCACCGUAACCCGAGG